AUGGCGGAGUCUUCCACUGAAUCUACGCAUCAUUCCUCGCGCCGAUCUUCCUCCCAGGCAUCAUCCUCUUCUCGCCGCAGUCAGAGGCCGAAGACUUUUCGUGCUCGCUCUCAGAAAAGCCACUCUGCCUCGUCCAAUGCUACCACUGAUCUCACGUCAUUUCCGUCCUUGUCGCCCGAUCGUUCCCCGGAGGGCUUCAGCGGCCAUCCGGCUUUAAACCGUGCUCUGACCAAUGCAUUAUUGGACGAUGGCGAUGCCCCGGAUGGUGCAAGCGAUACCGGUCGCUCGCAGAGGACGACUCUGUCCAAGCUAACGUCCACCCUGUCACAUGCGUCGUCGGGACGAGCGGCUCUGUUUGGCGACCCUGUCCUGAGUCAUGAUUUCCCAGGCGCGCUGCAUCUUGCCGAUGAUGCGCAUAUCGAACGGUUAGUCAAUAAUACAGGUGCGGUGAAACUGGUCAGGCAGUUUGCGCGUGAUCUGGCGCUGCGCGAUGCGGAGAUCUCCGCCUUGCGUCAACGUGCCGACGCGAGAGAGAGGGAAUUGAAGAGGAUGCUUAGGGAGGUUGCCGUGUCGAACCAGGACAUCGAACGCAGGUUGUAUCUGCUGGAGAACGAGCCAGAGGAAAAGAAAGAGGACCGUGACGGCUCGGACAACAGCAGCGUCGGGCAGGCUGGCGGUCCUUCAUCCGGUCUUGGCGGUCUGAUGGAGCAAGCCAUGCGGGAGGGCGUUGGAUCACAUGUCCAAGAGGACGAGCUAGACUAUCAGUCAGAUUGGCAGUCCACUAUCCGUGUCCGUCCCAGCGGUGGCUCAAGGUCGGGCGCUUCCAGCGUUAAUAACGACUCUGGCCCUCGCCAAAAGAGACAGAGCUCCAGAGGUUGGUCAGACUAUCUUCUUGGUAGUGGGACAAACGGUCGGAAAGCAAGCCGCGCAAGCAGCGUAAUGAGCGGUGCUGAUCUGGGCGAGGAAGAAGUAAUCGGGCGUCCGCGAAUACCGAGCAACACAACGAAUCGCCGGAGGGCUCUGGAUGAGCAGCUGUUUCAGCCAAAUUCACAGGCGGAGUCGGCGGGAGAUCGAUUAUCAGGGCAGCGCAUCGGCGGGCCGUCCGAUGGUGGUGACUACGAUUCGAUCGUAAGCGCGCGCACGUUGCCGCGGUCCAUUUCAUCCUGGACCAAGCUCUUCGCCGGAAAUUCCCAAUCGGCCAAGGAUAACGCGAGGGCUCCCUCAGAUUCUCGCCGCCGCGGCGAUUCAUCCGCUGAGCAGGAUAAAUCCAAGAAGACACUAUCGGGCACGUCCAACGGUGGCACAUCGGCUGUGGCGGCGCUGCAGCGAAUCAACAGCAGUACCAGUGUUCAAAGCAUGACCGGAAGGUCUACGAACGCAUCGAGCCGUACACCUCGGAUGAAUGUCCAGGCCACCCGACGGAGUGCCGCAUCGAGCGUUUCCCAAGGGGCCAGCUCAGGCACUGCUCCCACGAGCUCCACAAAUCUCGGUCCUGUAGAGAUGGAUGCUAUCCUCCCAAUGGAAUCUCGGCCUCCAACACUGACUCACACGUAUACUCACUACCAGUUUGGCGACCUGCUGACCGAUCGGUUCGGUUUCAUCUACGACCAGCGUCGCAAAAAAAGGCAAAGGGAAGCUGCCGCCAUGAGAAACACUGCGGAACGAUCGAACCUUGCCGAGACAUUAAGCAGCUUCCGAAGCGAUGCAUCUGACGGUGAAGAAGACGAUGAAUCCCAGAGACCGUUACAGAUGACGAUACGGCCGCGGCCGGCCCCGACUCCUGCACCUUCGGAGGGUUCGACGGAGACCGGUGGCUCGACUAAUAAGCGUUGGCAAGAUUACCUCCGGAUCGCGACGAGGCCGACAGAGCUACUAUCUCAUACGCCAUCGGCGGGUCCUAUCGUCUCGCUGACUACGGCCGGGGAGGCCCCGUCGCGGAGCACUUCUGUGGCGAUUGACAAAGGCGUGUCGGUAGAAGGACCGGCGGCUACAUCGACGGCCAUAGCUGUCAACGAGAAUGAGCCAGUCAGAUUGCUACUGGAGCAACUGACGGACCUCCAUGACUCGCUUCAGCGGGAAAGGACCGUGCGGUGGAACGAGUUUCUCCGCAAGGUCCGCGCCGAACGCAGAAAGGAAAGAGAAGCGGCAGCAGCAGCCACGACAACCGGAGGUGCAACUUCUGACCGUUCUCUGAAGUCGGUGGAUACGCCGGAAGCGUCCCUAACGGACGGAGAGGUUGUGGGAGUCGCCGGCCUUGGAAACAAGGGAAAAGUUGGUCGUGCCAAGUGGCGAGAAUUUCGGUGUCUCGUCCUCGGUGGGAUUCCGGUUACUCUCCGUGCGAAGGUCUGGUCUGAAUGCAGCGGGGCGUUCACGAUGCGGGCUCCUGGUUACUACGAUCAUCUCUUGAAGGGUGUGGGUGGCAGCGAGCCGGACCCGUCAGUAAUUGCACAGAUCGAUAUGGACAUCCGUCGGACUCUCACGGACAACGUGUUCUUCCGUAAAGGGCCUGGCGUCAAGAGGCUGCGAGAAGUUCUCGUGGCUUACGCGCGACGUAACCCUGAAGUCGGAUACUGCCAGGGUAUGAAUCUCAUAGCGGCCUCGUUACUUCUCAUUACGCCGACGGCAGAGGAUGCAUUUUGGCUUUUGGCGUCUAUGAUUGAGGUUAUCUUACCGCAGCACUACUAUGAUCAUGGACUGAUGGCCUCCCGCGCCGACCAAGUGGUGCUCCGACAGUAUAUCUCUGAGGUUCUCCCCAGACUGUCCGCCCAUUUUAACACACUGGGCAUUGAGCUCGAGGCUCUGACAUUUCAAUGGUUCCUCUCCGUUUUUACCGACUGCCUUUCUGCCGAGGCACUGUAUCGUGUCUGGGACGUUAUCCUCUGCCUCAAUGUUUCCAGCCCUGUAAAUCUGCAAGGCAAUGGGGGGACUGGGAAUGCUGCAUCGACCGAUUGCAAUAAUAACAAUGGCAGUGCAACAGAUAUCUCCAUGGAAGAUGCCGCCUCCGGCAAUGGCGGUGGUAGCACAUUCCUCUUUCAGGUUGCUUUAGCUCUGCUCAAACUUAACGAGCAACAGCUACUGACAAGCUGCUCGACGCCGGCGGCUGUGUACACAUAUAUUAACCACCAAAUGACCAACCAUGCUAUCAGCAUCGAUGGGUUGAUCCAAGCUAGUGAAGCGUUGAGGAACGUGGUCCGCCGCGAAGAUGUGGUUGCGAGGCGGACGGUUGCAUUGAAGGAGAUGCAAGUUUGA